AUGUCUGAGCCAUACACCAAGAUUCCGAGUUCCGCGAAGAGACACCCUCAACCAUAUACCCUCGCUGUCCCAGAAGAAGAUUUGACAGAGUUUAAAACUCUACUUCAGCUCUCAAGGCUAGGCCCUGAGACCUGGGAAGGGAAGCAGGGCGAUCGCCCAAAUGGAAUCAGUCUCCUCGGUAUAACUCGAGCAUGGCUGUCCAAUGCUAAAGACUAUUGGCUUAAGUCUUUCGAUUGGAGGGCUCAUGAGAAACACAUCAAUUCCUUCCCUAACUUCAAAUUGAGUGUCAAAGAUAAGGAUGGCGAUGAAUCAGACAUCCAUUUUGCUGCCCUCUUCUCCGAAAAGAAAGAUGCCAUCCCGAUUGUUUUCCUCCAUGGCUGGCCAGGGAGUUUUCUUGAAUUCCUUCCGAUGUUGUCUCUGCUCAAGAAGAAGUAUUCCCCAAAAGAACUUCCAUAUCAUGUUAUUGUCCCAUCACUUCCUGGCUAUACCCUAUCCGCAGGCCCACCACUAGACAAAGACUUCAACACAAAGGAUGCUUCGUUCAUCAUCAAUGGCUUGAUGAUUGAGCUUGGCUUUGGUAACGGAUACGUGGCCCAGGGGGGAGAUGUUGGGAGCUUCGUCGCCUCCGAAUUAGCCUCACAGUACGACGAAUGCAAGGCGAAACAUGUAAACAUGAUGAUUAUCACUGAUCCACUGGAGAAUGCUGAGUUGAGCGACGUGGAACGUAAGGGGCUGCAAAGGACCCAGGCUUUCCGACAACGUGGAUUUGCAUAUGCUCAAGAGCACGGGACAAGACCUAGCACCAUCGGACACGUUCUAUCAUCGAACCCUCUAGCACUUCUAGCAUGGAUUGGAGAGAAGUUUCUGGACUGGACUGAGGAAGAUCCGACCCUUGAUACAAUCCUGGAGUCGGUAUCUCUGUAUUGGUUCACGGACGCCUUUCCUCGCUCAAUAUAUCCCUACAGAGGCAUUACCAGCGGGCAGAAACCACCCCCUCUCACUGACAAGCCUUUCGGGUUUUCGUAUUUCCCAUUUGAACUAUCACCUGUGCCAAAAGCUUGGGCCGCUACGGAAGGCAACUUAGUAUUUCACCGAGAACACAUCAAGGGUGGGCAUUUUGCUGCUAUGGAGCAACCCAGCUUGUUGCUGCAGGAUAUCGAAGAAUUUGUGCAACAGGUCUGGCCGGGGAUAAGCUCGUCGAGGCUCUAAGCUAUGUUUCCAUAUUCACUGAGUUGGUGAUGUGCUAGUUUCAAUGCACCGAGGGACCUGAAUCGGCUGCGCAAUGAUCAUGUACGUAGUUCUCGGUGCAACUGCUUUUCGUACGACAACUAGGAUGUAUGAAAAUAUUGAGUCUGCCUGAUGACAUCCGAAAAACGUUAUGUUCUGACACGUUCGAACAUAUCUUGCCAGCCUAAUCGAUGUAUAAUUGCGAAAGCCGUCCCAACAAUGGCCGUUAAAGCGACAUAAAGGCACAUGUAAAUUGGAACCUUAGAAAUUGAUUUACGUAGACC